UUGACAGCGUUGACGUCAGACUCAGAUGACGUCAGACUCGGAGGACGCUACACAGGAAGGGAGAGUCAAGAUGGCGUCUGGUUCAGAGCACGGACUAAAGAGAAUAGUUUGGCAAAAACUAAAGGAUACUAUCAUUGCUGAUUGCAGAAAGGCCGAUAUAUGGAAGAUUCUGAUUCUGGACCCCUUCACCACCAAACUGGUGUCGUCAUGUUGCAAAAUGUCAGACCUAAUGGCGGAGGGAAUAACAAUUGUAGAGGAUCUGUACAAAAGCAGAGAGCCCGUUCCAGAAAUGAAGGCCAUCUACUUUAUGUCACCAACCUCAAAGUGCGUGGAUGCAUUUAUUGCAGAUUUCAAGCUGAAGCCAAAGUAUAAAGCGGCAUAUGUAUAUUUCACUGACUAUUGCCCUGAUGAUCUCUUCAACAACAUGAAGCUGUACUGUGCUAAGUACAUUCGUGUGGUGAAAGAAAUCAACAUGUCCUUUCUACCCUACGAAGCUCAAGUGUUCACUUGUGACAAUCCUGGGGCUUUCCGGAGUAUCUACAGUCCCCACAGUCAGGACAAAAGGAAGACACUGGAGACCAUGGCAGACCAGAUCGUCACUCUGUGCGCCACACUGGGAGAAUACCCGGGGGUCCGAUAUAAGAAGGAAAGCAACAUGGAGAACACUAAGGCCUUGGCAGAGUUAGUGGACAACAAGCUGGCCGCGCACUAUGAGCUGGAGGAACCUGGCAAGAAGAAGCAGGAGAAGACCCAAGCCCAGGUGCUGAUAGUGGAGCGAGGCUUCGACCCCGUCAGUCCCAUCCUCCACGAGCUCACCUACCAGGCCAUGGCCUACGAUCUCAUUGACAUUCAAAAUGAGACCUACAAGUACAAGUCUAAAGACGGCUCGGAGAAGGAGGCUCUGCUGAACGAGGAUGACAUGCUGUGGGUCAAACUGAGGCACGGGCACAUCGCCGAGGUCACAGAACAAAUCCCAAAGCUGGUAAAAGAGAUCUCUGCCAGCAAGAAACAGCCGGAUGACAAGAUCACAAUAAGCGGUUUAUCACAACUGAUGAAGAAGAUGCCCACCUUCCGUAAACAAAUGGCUCAGAAAACGGUCCAUCUGCACCUGGCUGAGGACUGCAUGAACCAAUACCAGAAGAGCGUGGAGAAACUCUGCAAAGCCGAACAGGACCUGGCGGUGGGUUCUGACGUGGAGGGCGUGAAGGUGAAGGACCCCAUGAGGACCCUGCUGCCCGUCCUGCUGCACAACCACAGCACGCACGACAAGAUCCGGGCCGUGCUGCUCUACAUCUUCAGCCUCAGCGGAACAACAGAAGAGAACCUGAACAAACUCAUCCAGAAUGUGAAGAUAGAGCAUGAGAGGGAGUUCAUCUUGAACUGGAAGGAGCUGGGGGUCAACAUCAUCUCGGCGCCAAGUUUGUUCUCCCGUAAGCCGAGCCGUCGCGAGCGCCCAGAGGAGACGUACAACCUUUCGCGGUGGACCCCCGUCAUCAAGGACGUGAUGGAGGACGCUGUAGAGAACAAGCUGGACACCAAAGAAUGGCCACACCAGUCGGAGUGUCCUGCCGCCUGGAAUGGAUCUGGGGCAGUCAGCGCCCGUCAGAAGCAGAAGGCCAGCACCCUGGACGACAGGCGAGGCGGGGCGCGCCUCAUCGUCUUCGUCAUCGGCGGCGUGUGCUACUCGGAGACCCGCUGUGCCUACCAGGUCAGCCAGGCCGUCAAGUCCUGCCAGGUCAUCAUCGGCUCCUCCCACAUCCUGACCCCCACCGCCCUGCUGGAGGACAUCAAGGCCCUCAGCAAGGGGCCCACGGAGACCUUCACCAUCUGUGAGAACCACGCCUGAGGAGAGCGUCCAGCCGCCGGCGCCGCCUCUCUGUUCGUGCCUGCAGAAGUGUUCAGAUGUUCCAGAUGUUCUGUGACAGCGGACCUCUGAGACGCUGCAGCCCUGAGCUAAUGUACAUAAGUGAGCACUGAUACGUAGCAACACCCUGCUAGACCUUUAAUGUUUAUAAAACGAAUCAGAUUAUAUUACUAUCGCGAUCAUUUUGUCUCUAGAAAUGAUCGUAGAUUAUUUACUUUUCUUUAAUAAUUGAACCGCUGACAAACCGCUAAUACAACUAAUGAAGUGUUUAAAAAGGAAUUCCUAUAAAUUACUGAGGAUGAUGCGAUGGUGCUGUUGGCAGGGUAAAGUCGUGUUUUAUAUCGAAGGUGUGUUGAAUGGAAGGAACGCAGGCCGAAUGGAGGAAGAAUGCUUCAAUUUAAUUCAACAAUGUGUAUCUCAUUAAAUUAUAUACGAAACAA